UUUACCAAAGGAUAAUUAGGCUGUCAUUCUCGUUCUCCCGAAGCAGAAAACCCCCCACCCCUACCCCCUUACUUUGGCCCUGUGUCCCUACACCCGUCGCCGCUGCUGCUCCUCCUCCAUCGCCGCUGAUUCUGUCUAGCACGGUCACGACGCAGAAGAUUGAACAAGUAGUUUUGAUAGUUAUCUGUGGUGCUGUAAAAUGAGUUCUGAGGCUUUACAUGCUUUGAAGACGUAUCGACAGCUUCUCAAAGCUAUUAAGAAACACAUUGGCAAGGAAGAUUACAAGAAGCAUUUCAGUGAAUUCAUAAUGCUAGAAUUCCAGAAGAACAGCAAUCUGUCUGACCAAUCAUCCAUUCAGCAGAAAAUCAAGCUUGCACAUGAUUAUACUUUUCUUCUUAAUAGUGUGCACCAUCACAAGGAUUUGUUGUUCUCUUACAACAUUGCUGUGGACAGAUCAGAUGAAAUGAAAAGAAUACUAGGAAAAUCAGCUGCAAGUGUAGGUCUUCAGCUUCCUGAUGUUUAUCAGUCCUGAUAUUCAAGAGAUUUUGCUCUUCAUCCUAUUUGAUUCAAGAAGUGCAGCUUUCAAUGUACUUCAGAACCUGAUUGGAGAAAAUGUUCCUAUUAUUAGAUUUCGAUUGAUAAGUUUUUUCUGACCAAACUCAGUUCAGUGACUUCUUGAGCCAGCUCUUGGACUUAUUUUUGUCAUUUUUUAUGGCAAGAUAUGUUUCUGGUAAUCUAGAAAUAAAAUAAAAUAAAAUCUUGUAGCUGUUUUUUCUCAAA